GUACUGAGUGGAAGAAAAUCCCUGUUUUGUAAGUUAUUGUGCCAGUGCCAGUCUCUGUGUUAUCAUCGCAUAUUCAUCAUGGUCGAUGUUGCUCGCCAAUUACUCGACGAGCUGAUGGGAAGGAACCGUAAUCUGGACCCUUCUGCUUCGGCGAAAGAAGUGUCGUGGACCGAUGAAGAGUUUUGUUCAUACUUUUUGGUAAAAUUUUGUCCCCACGACCUAUUUGUAAAUACCCGUGCCGAUUUGGGCCAAUGCACUAAACUGCACGACGACGAAGCGAAGCGUUUGUUUGACGAAGCAAAACCUUGUCGCAAGAAAACGCAGUAUGAAGAAGAUUUUUUAAGGUUUUGCACCAACAUGAUCAAUGAGGUGGACCGUAAGAUUGUGAAAGGUAAGCAAAGACUUCUACUUAUGAACAGCAAAACGGAAGGCGGGCGGCCCGCACCCAAGCAUCAGGAGCAAAUCAGUUCCCUAACCGAACGGAUCAAUAAACUCGUGCGAGAUGCGGAAGAAGCCGGCACACGAGGAGACGUCGAGCAGGCCCAGGGUUUAAUGGAGCAAUGUGAUCAGCUGAAGGAAGAAAAGGAAGCUCUGAUAAAGCAGCACGAAUCAAAUGGAUGGUCAGUAACGGCGGAAAUUGCUGCCUCCCAGGAAAAACAAAUGGAAGUUUGUGAAGUGUGCGGAGCAUUUCUAAUUGUUGGCGAUGCACAGCAAAGGAUUGAUGACCAUCUUACGGGUAAACAGCAUCUAGGAUAUUCUAAAUUACGUAAAGCGGUUGAUGAAAUGUAUGAGGCGAGAAGGAAAAAUACCAUCAAUCUCGAAGAGCGCCGCUCGAAGGACGAUGACCGUCGGAGACGAGACAAUCCAAAGCGCGAAGAACGCAAAUCACGAGAGCGAGACGAUCGCUACAAUAACAAACGAGAGGACAGAGAUCGUAAUCGCUAUCGGCGUGAUCAUAGAGAUUAUAAGGAUCGGUCUGAUCGCUAUGAUAACCGUCAGCGAGAUCGUCAUAGCAGACGCGAUCGUAACGAGCGGGAUCGUGAUCGUAGUCGCAGCCGUAGCUACUAAAAGAUCACCCUUCUUCAUGCAGCUACCGUGAGUGAUUUUGCA